CUUGACGUGAUGAUUGAAGAAAUGGACAAAGAAGCAGCUGCUUUGAAGCUUGACCCAACCCGGAAACCCGUGAUGACCGAGGAAGUGAUCGUGUCACAAUGCGUCGUUUUCUUCUUGGCUGGGUUCGACACCACCGGAUCUACCUUGUCCAUGUGCUGUCACUUCCUGGCACUGGAUCAGGAAGUACAGCAGAAGUGCCUCAACGAAAUCCGGUCGACGAUGAAGAAAUUCGAGGGUAAAAUCUGUCACGAAAUGAUCGCAGAAUGCCAUUAUUUGGACCAAAUUCUGAAUGAAAGCCUGAGGAUUGUUCCACCAACGUUGAGGCUUGAAAGAGUGUGCACUCAUCCGUGUACAGUUCAAGGAAUUAAAUUUAGAAAGGAUGACGUUGUCACUGUUCCCAUCUACGCAAUCCAUAACUUGGAAGAAAACUUUCCGGAUCCCGAAAAAUUCGACCCUGACAGAAUGCUUAGUAAAGUGGAAGAACCCAGUGAGGAAGAAAUUCUCCAAAAGAUGUCCAAAACUCAUCCAAAUGAGUUGUAUGGACAUCUUUUGGAGAAAAUGUCCACAAAAGUUGUGCUCUGGCGGACAAGUUUGGAGAACUUGUCCGCCAGAGCACAAACUGCCAGACACUGGCAACAGAAAUGCACGGACAAGUCCUCCAAACUUGUCCACACAGUAUCACUGGCACCAGACAACCAGUUUUGGAUGGCUUUUGGAUCAGAAUUGGACACGUUGUCUGAUUUUCAUCCAAAGCAACUUGUCCAAAACUUUCAAUGCAAUAGCAAGUGGCUGCAAUUCAUGAGGCAAGUUGUGAUAGCAACGAGUCAUUACAGCGGUAAGUUGUUGCAGCAGCAACUUCCACCUGCAGCAACUUAUCACAGUGGCAAGUUAACACUGCAGCAAGUUGUGACAGUGGCAAGUUCAACUGCUUGCGGCAGAUUUGCUCCUGAGAACAAAGGAAAUAUAAAACCCUUCACCUAUUUGCCAUUUGGGAAUGGGAUCAGGAACUGCAUCGGAAUGCGAUUUGCACAAGAAGAAAUCAAACUCGCUCUCGCCACAAUUGUGCACAAUUUCAAGCUUUCCAAAUGCGAGAAAACAAACGUCCCUUUCAAAACCAAGUCACAUGCUUUCAUGAUCCAACCUCUUGAAAUGUUCGUGAAAUUCGACAAAAGGGAGUGAGAAAGUGAACAAAGAGAAGAACAAGAAAGUUUGGAUAUUUCUUUGGGAAAAUAUUCGAGCAUCACAUUUUAUCGCUGUUUCCUGUGAGAUUUCGUUGAUGACCAUCGAAUAUUCAAGAUUUUUAUUUUACUUCGUGGUCGUUUUGUAUAGUUCCGAUAGCCAACCGUGAUUUUGUUCGAACAUUUUGCAAGUCAUUGGAAAUGAAAAAAAAUGCUCUGAAAAAAAAACUUCGCAAUGAACCUGUUCCCGGUACUUUGACAAAAUCAUCUGAUUAUUUCCAUGCAUUUAACAAAUGUAUUUAGUCGUGACUUUUUUCUGAAGAGAUUGAUUUCUAUACUCUUUCUUUGUAAAAUUGAGAAAAAUGCAGAUUGAGAAAAAUACUGAGUGAAAAAAUUGCGUCACCCAAUUCUCAUCAGACCAAACAUUCAUCUAAUUGUCAAUAAAAUUGGAGCAACAGAAACCAUGGAAACAGGUCAAUUUUCCCCAUAUUUUCUCAAAUCAGCCACAUACUUUUAAAACACUGUAUUCUGACCAAAAAAGUACAUGAAUUUCACGGGAGGCCCAUGUCACAAAUUUGAAUUUCGAGUUCAGCACGAAAGUCUAGAUAAAAUGUGGAUGAAACUGAAAAAAAAGUAUUCCACCAAGAGAGAGAAACAUCAUCUUAUCCGUGAAGAAAUUUCGAAUCCUUUUCUUUCCGGAUACGAAUUUGCAUGAGCAAAAUUGAGAAAAUUCUAAAAUUUCCCAGCUGG